CUGUAUUCAGACAGAGGAAAGGAUCCGUCAGAAAGCAACACCUGUUAGCCUGGGCUUUGCAACAAGGAAGAGGACAGGUAGUGGAAAUCCUGCGAUCUGAAAAGCAGACUGAAAGGUGACAAAGAAGCUGAAGAUGGGUGGUGGAGAGAGGUAUACCAUUCCAGUUCCCCAAUCAAGAAAUGUUAGUAAGAACCAACAACAGCUUAAUAGACCGAAGACCAAGGAUCAGAAUUCCCAGAUGAAGAUUGUUCAUAAGAAAAAAGAAAGAGGACAUGGUUAUAAUUCACCAGCAGUUGCAUGGCAGGCCAUGCAAAAUGGGGGGAAGAACAAAGUACAUUUCCCAAAUAAUCAAAGUUGGAACUCCAGCUUAUCAAGCCCCAGCUUGCUUUUUAAGUCUCAAACUAAUCAGAACUAUGCUGGAGCAAAAUUUAGUGAACCACCAUCACCAAGUGUUCUUCCUAAACCACCAAGCCAUUGGGUUCCUGUUUCCUUUAAUCCUUCUGAUAAAGAAAUAAUGACAUUUCAACUUAAAACCUUACUUAAAGUACAGGUAUAAGAUAAAAUAUUAAUGUUCAAACUUAGGUAUCACCCUAAAGAAUAGUCGGUGGGUCCAAAACAAGUUUACUAGGGAAUUAAUUCUGUAUGUGUAAAACUGCUAAUGUGGAAAAUACGAUUAGGUUUUUUGCUUGUUUUCUGUGUUAUGUGCACUGUGAUGUAAUGAUCGUAUCAGUGCAACUUAAAAUUACUCAAAUAUUAAUAAUUGUACUUGAUAUUGUGUUCUCAUUUGACUAACUCUUAAACCAUCCCAGCUUAGAUUUGGGGAGUGGUAAAGGAAUCAACUUUUUCUAUUGCUUGUUGGGGAAAAUACUAAUUUGUCAUUCAUGGAUCAGUAAUUUACUUGUUGAAAACUUGUGUAACAGAUUACCUGCAUCUAGCUAAGACAGACAAGGGUUGAGAACUAAUUAACAUUUGAAGGUUUAAUGUCCUAGAAACACUCAACCAGUAAUAUGCCAACCUGAUGUACUGCCAAAAAAAAAAAAUGUGAAUUUUUAAUGAAUACUUGCAUUUUAGUAAUUGUACAGUGGUGAAUGUGAAAAGGGCACUAGGGGCUUAUUAAAAUGAGGCACAGGACACCCCAGUGGCCUCUUACAUGCAGUGGGUAGGUGUCUGCCAACAGAUGCACCAAAACCAUCUUUUAUAGACACGGUAUUGGGUCGUCACUGAAUAGCUUUCAAAAUACAUUUUUGUAUUACAACGCUGCACAUGCUGUUGACAGUGAUCUGGCCUCAAAUCAUCCCUGGAAAGCUUACUUAAAAGUUGGGAUUGUAUAAUGUGAAAGUUUUAAGUACCUAGGGAAGUAGGAGCCAUGUAAAUAAACAUGUAAUAAAUUUGUAGCAUAUGUAAAGUUUUGUUGGCUUUUAUCCUACAAAAAUAGACUAUUUUAGUAUGAAUUUGCUGAAUGUAAGACCGUGGACUUUUUUAUACUAUGGCCUAAUUUUGAAGGUUCAAAAUUAUUUGUUUUUGAAGUUUGCCAUUGUGCUAAAGUGCCAGUGUAUGUAUGUUAUAAUUGAUUUGGUUGUAAACUAUAUUUCAAAGUAAAUUCUAGUGUAAGAAGUCUUAUAAGGGAAAAGGUUUAAGCUGCUAAAACACUUCCUAUUUUUGAGAUGUGAAAUGCAGUACAGGACUAUUUUUUUUCCUUAUGCCCAAAGAUUAACUACUAAAGGGUCCCACCAACUUUUAAGAUUAUGGCUCUCACCAAUUUUUGUAACCUAUGAUGCUAGUAUAGUGUGCGUGAUACUAGCAUAUUGUGCUUUGCUAGUAUAUUUUUGUUGUCAUGAAUAAAUACAACCUGAGGGGACUGUUUAUGCAAAAUAUGUAAAUUCCUGCAUAGUAUCUGGAUACACAGCAUGUUAACCCAAUAGCACAUUAAAGAAGUGGUGGUGGGAGGUCAAUUUCAAAAUUCUGAUUGUACAGGCCCUAUUUUCUGAUUUGGCAGCUCUUUUGAUGUUUAUAAAGAAUGGCUAAGUUGUAUUUCUCCAAAUAAAUGCAGAUGAAAUAAUGCCCAAUAAUAUUGCUAUUCUAAAGACAAAUUUAUAUAGUACUUAACGCACAUAUAAGAAUUUGAAGCAUGAAAUUAAGAAUAAAAUUGUUUUUCUCCCCA